AUGUCACAGUACAUAGGAAAGACAAUCUCGCUCAUUUCCAACAAAGGAUUGAGAUAUGUUGGUUUAUUAGAGAGUAUCAAUGCUGAAGAUGCUACGGUGGCCUUGAAAUCAGUACGAAUGUUUGGUACCGAGGGGAGAUUAGCUGUUGUAGGACAACCACAUUUAGAAGUUCCACCAGGAAAUGAUGUUUAUGAAUAUGUCGUUUUCAGGGGUAGUGAUGUCAAGGACUUGAGUGUUUUGGAUAUUCCUAUUGAGGAGGUCAAACCCGUGUUGUAUCAUCAUCCUCAGCCACCUCCAAUGACGGUCUUUCAACCACCCCCUCCUCCUCCACAGCAGCAACAGCAACACCACCAAGGGUUCAGUCAGGGUCCAACUCCCACCCAGCAACAACAGCAACAGCAACAGCAACAGCAACAGCAACAGCAAUAUCCAUCACAAACUACAAAGACCGAACAGUAUCCAAGUCAAGACACUUCCCCAAAUGCAGCUCCUCGGCCUCCACAACCGGCACCUACUGCAUCACAACCUAUAGAGACGGCAGCGCCUACUGAUCAUCCAUAUUCUCCACCAAAACAACAACCAGAACCUACAAAGACUACUGCCGAGCUGGGUCAGGUUGCAACAAAGACGGAUGAAAACGAAGUUGCUGAUGCACAACCUCGUGAUACGCCAUCAUUAUCAAAAACGGCAGAAGAUCAUUCCGUGAAAGAGGGCUCGUCUUUUUUUGGUUUUGGAAGACGUAAUAAUGCAAGGCGGUCAAACUGGCAAUCGAACUCAACAACAACCCCUUCUUUUGAUGAGGAUUUUGAUUUCGAAAAGGCCAAUCUGAGAUUCCAAAAAAAGGCGUAUCACAAACCAGGACAGCAACAGGAAAAUGGACAAGACAAGGAGCAUGAUGAUGGUGAUAAUGAAGGUGUUGUUAAGCCUACAACAUAUGAUAAACAAACAUCAUUCUUUGACACAAUUUCUUCAUCCGCCACUGAAAAUCGGAGUAGGAAUGGUGAUCGUGGCGAAAUGAGAUGGGUUGAUGAAAAGAACAUGAAUAUGGAUACAUUUGGUGAAGCUGGAGCUCCAGGUGGCAGGGGAGGUAGAGGUAGAAAUAGAGGAAGGGGAAGAGGAAGAGGAAGAGGUGGCAGAGGAAGAAAAGAAGCUAAACCUGAAUGGGCUUGA